AUGGCCACCCUUCUGGCCGCGCUCCUUCUAAUUGUCACGGUCUUUUGCUCGGCUGUUAAGGAUGAUCUGCCAGGUAUAUCUACUAAACUGAGCGACGAAGAUGACGAGUCUAAUAGAGUACCAGACGUUACAGCUUUGAAUGACGUGGGUAUACAUGCCAUUGAGCAGAGUUCAGCCAACAGCCCCAAAUCAGACCCAAUCGACCAGACUAUCAAAGAGACAUCUACAUCUACAGAAUCCUCAACGACCGAAUUCCUUACAAAACCAACAGAAUCCCCUUCAAAUGACAUCAUAUCUCAAGAGCCCAAGACCUUCUGGCUAUGUCAAUCCGAUGUCCCAGCAGCUGAAUGGACAGGGACUGAACUUCGAACUCCACCCCCAAAUCAACAACACGUCGCCAUACUAGCCGAACCCACAGAAAAGGCAGAGAUCGACAUCGGAGAGAAUGGUACCAUCCCGUUUAGAGCCCUACAGUCCAUCGGGUACCAGGCAGUUCAAUGCACUUUGAGGUUGGAAGCUUGUGCUGAUUGUUUUGUCAGUAUCGAGCUGGACUCAGUUCGACCUUACUUUACUCAAUUUCAGGUAGAGAAGGUGAGUCUAUAUAAUAUUAUAGAUUGUUUCUCAAUUUAUGAUUGUCACUCAAAUCACUUUUUCAUAAUAAUGUCAUCAACUCAAAACUUUGAUACCUACUUAUCACAAUAUUGCUUUAGGUGUCGCGGUGUGAUGACCCAACCUCAGCGAUGGCUGAUCCCUGCUUCGUGAUGGAUUUCAUAGAAGAACGAGCUGAUGUUUACAGAGCAGCUGAUCGGCCUAACUACAAGAAGAUAUCAGCCUGGAAUUGGCCGGAGAAACGUGUCUACAACAGCACCAGUCACUCUCUGACAAUACAUCUGGUAAUGAGGAACAUCGACAACUCGAAUCAACUCUUCAACUACCUGCUACGACUCUUUCCUAUCCAAAUCAGCGUUCAUAGUAAGUUAUACGACUAGAUACUUAGUAGUUAUUGUCUUAAAUAACAUUAGUAAUAUUAAAUUCAACCUAUGUUACCCCUAUUACUUUCAGGAAACACCGAAUACAAGGAUAACUUCAGCUUCGACCACAUGAUCUCGUCUCCUCGAUACCCCGAAGCCUACCCCCGCCACAUGAUCAAGAACUAUACGAUCGAGAACAAGAACGAGUGGGGCAAGGUGAAACUCAUCUUCGAUGACUUCCUGGUCGAUUACCAAAGCAGUCUCAGGAUCUUCGACUCAGACGAGACUGAACUCUUCAACUCCCAGAACACCCAUCGACGCCCUCCGGCCAUCUUAUCCAACGGACCCAAACUGACAAUUCUUUUUGUAUCCGGGAGCUUCACUCAUCUCGUCGGCUUCAGAGCAAGGUUCGAGUUUGUCAAGGAGUUCACGGAUUGGAGGAAUCUGCCAAGUGAAAGUAAGUUAUCUUACGAUUAGCUAUAUGAGAGUAGAGAAGUGUUUCGAGAAUGUUAUCCAUGAGGAAGAAGUUGAGUUUUUGAUGUUUGUGGUGAUGCUACCGUUGCCUGAUGUUUAAAUAUUAUUUUCUUUAAUUCUCUAUCCAAUAUCUUCAUUUUCCUCCAAACACAACCUAUAAUAACAUACCUGUACACAUUCCAACCCUAAACCAACCUUGUUUUAGAUUGCGAUCAAAUCCGUGAAAGCUUUGGCGGCCAGAUCAAUUUGGCUAAUAAGUCGGAACUGGUCGGAAAGUACGUGGAUUGCAUCUGGAUUGUGGGUCGAUUACCAUCAUUCGCCCAAGUCUUCGACCAAGUAUACCUAAAAAUCGACAAGUUUGAGCCAAACGAAGCCAAAGAUCUUAAGCUGGAGAUCAGAAAAGGGCUUCACUCAACUUCUCCCGUGAUCCUGAGUCUCGAAUCAAUGAAUUUCAGAACGGGAUCAAACAGGAAAUAUCCUGUGAGUCUGGUGAAUGAUCAACAUCCACAUCCCGCCUUCUAUAUUAGACUCAACGGACUUCUGCACAUCAGCUCUGGUGAGUACAACACCGUAUAACAAUAUAAAAUAUAAAAUUUUUAAACCCUUCUAAGUUUCAUUACAAAAGGUUGAAAUCUACCUAAAGUUCCAAAAUUUUAAUAUUUUAUUUUUGUUUUCGGCUGCGCCCUUUCUUCUGCAGUCUGCAUACACUAAAAACGUGAAAAAAUAUUUUCAGACGUUCAGCUAACUUACAGCUUGUUCUACCGCUGGGCCACAGCUUCAUGCCCUGGAAGAUUCGAGUUUCAUUGUGAGAACUCACGCUGUAUCAGCGAUUCAUUAAGAUGCGACGGUGUAGACAACUGCGGCGAUCAGAGCGACGAGAUCUGCGAGAUAAACCCGCUGCUCAACAUGGAGAAGGAGAACGAUGUGGCCAUGUUGAUGGCCAUCGUGCUGAGUCUGGCUGGGAUCAUAUUAACCUUGUCAGCCAUGAUCGCUUUGGCUGUGGGAUUAAACCGACGAAAACUCAUGUUAACAUGUACACAUCGAGGAGACACGACGACAGAAGACUCGCAGAACAGUAGCAACAGUAAUCAGAUAGGGUUGAGUCCUUCUGUUCAUACCGUAGGCGAUAGACGUUUCUAUUUAUUGCCUGAGGCAGGAGUCAGCGUGAUCGAAGCUCCGCCCACUUAUGCCGAUGCUCUGAAGCAUGGGUUCGACAGGAGAGGUUCGUACGAGAAUGGAGCUUUCCAGUAUCAACGAGAUGACAGUGAUAAGGACGAUGACAGCAGCUCGCACAGCGUCAGGAUAUCGACCGGUCGAGACGGAUCGAUUCAAGCCAGAGUUAGAUUCGUGGACGAAUGUUCUCAAGAAAACCUUCAGAAUCCUAGUAAUCACAACUCCCAAAAUAAUGUUAAAGAGGCUACAAAGGAUGGGAAACUUUCAUCUAAGAAAUCGGAUGAAAAGCUACGUAAAGAUAACGAUAAACCAACAGAUACUACUUCUUCUACAGUCAUUUUACAAGAAACAGAGAGUAAAAACGAUGAUAAAUCAGAAAAUACUGAAGGAGAACCUUCCACUGUCUCUUCCAAACCAUCAGAAGUUCAAGAAUCUCCACGAUCUACUGAAGGUAAUCAACAACCUUCAUCUAUAACACCUACACCUCGAUCUCUAGAAGACACAAAGCCGAGAGACAAGACCAAAGUCCACAAAAUAGUACCAACUGGUACCAAAAGCAGAAUCAAACCAAAGGUAGUACCAUUGCCAUCGACUUCAUCAGAAUCCAAACGGGUAACUGAGAUUCCGAUCGUCGUAACCACUUCUGAAGACACGAGUGAAGCUCAGACCAACGAUGUUCUCAUUUAG